AUGGAGAAAUCAAACAGCAAUACAGUACUGAAACAUACUUCUGGAGAUGAAGGAGGCAACCAAGGAGACGAUGACAUUCCGACUACGUCGAGAGGAGAUAACUUUAACCCUGAACAAAUAUCACACAACAUGAAUGAUUUUAAAGCUCUGGAUUUUAAUUCCGCUGAUGAAGUUAGGCAAGCUAUGAAGGUGAUGCUGUCUGGGAAAAUGCCUCCGCAGUCAUUCGCAGAGGAGGGCAAUAAGUUUCCAAGUAACAAUGAACCAGUAAAAAUCAACGAAACAAAUAACUCUUUACGUACUCACAGCAUGAUGAGACCUGUUCGUCUAAUUCAUAACAAGUUUACAUCGGCUUGGAACUUUAAGAGACAUGCUGAGACUGAAGUGAAAUCUUUACCAGAAAACACUACACUGGAUGGAGUCAAAUCUUCGCAUAAAUUACCAAAACCUCAGAAAGAAUCUGCAAAGAAUUCACGUAAACAACCGAAAACUGCUGGUGAUUCUACCAGACGAAAAAGACCUGGGCGGCCACCGAAAGCAGGGCCUUCUAAAGCCAAAAAGCCCAACAUUAAGUCGAUGUAUCUUGGGAAAUUAUCUAACGUUGUUCCCUUCAAGCGGCAGUUGGAGUCUGGAAGCGAGUCGGACGUAGAAUCUGUUAUAGUGUUUUACUAA